AUAAUAAAUGUUUAUUUUUUAAACCAUUGAAUUUUGGAGUAAUUUGUUAUGCAGCAAUAAAUAAUUAAUACAUUUUCUAAUUCAAAUGUCGUUAUAUUCAGUGCUCCAGUUCUUCAAUUUGCUUUGCCUGUGUAAGAGAAAGAAAAAAAAUUGUAAAAUUCAAGGUGUACCACAACUGAAAAAUCAACCUAUAGAAGAAACUUAUUAAUUUGUGGUAAAGCAGUUUAUUUUAAGAAAACAUUUUGUCUCUUUGGUUUGCCAUUGUAGCUUGAGCACCUUGUGUAAUGCUUAGUACAUAAUAAGACAUUAAAUAAAUAUUGUUAAAUGAAUGAAUCAAUAAGUUUGCUUCCCCAGGUUUUAAGCUUCUGGGGGACAAAAACUAUGCCUUAUUCAUCUUUAUAUCUCCCUCAUAUGGCACAAUUCUUAACGCUGAACAUGCACCAUUCACUGUUGAGUUAAAUUGAACUUAACUGAAAUUCUUGUUGAAGUAAAUGAUCUGGAAAUGGAAGUGAAAAAUCAUAGCAAAAAAUUCAUUUUAAACGUUUAUAUUGUACAUUGACUAGUGGUGGUUUUCAAGCCCCAUCAACCUAUCACCAACCAACAAACAAAAAACCCUAAAUUCACACUCUGUUGCUGCAUGGCAGACCACAUGGAUUUUUAUAAUUUCUAUCAAGACAACAUAUCUUCAGAUGUUUCUAGGGAAUCUUUAUGAAGCAAUAUACAAUGGUAGGAAUUUUACUGUGCUUGGGUUGUAAACUAUUGCAAGCUGUUGAAUUUAGUAGAUUAUCUGCACAGGCCGAGUAACCUGUAUUGCUCCUUAUCCAGUUGAGCCUCAAGCCAUUUCAAUAGAGCCGAAUUUUAUGAACAUAGUGAAUUUAAACACUUAUUCACUCUCACUCACUCACUCAUGCAACAUAUAAACUGAGCAAUUCUCUUCCUCUUUGGGAGAUAAAGCGUAUCCAGGGUGUAUCCCAGCGGUUUGAAGCACAAGCCAGACUUCCUAGGUGCAAAUUUCCAGUGGAUCCCUUACCAGCUUUGAGAUCUUUGGUGUACGUCUUAAUCUCUUGCCUUAGUUUCCUCAAUUGUAAAAUACAGAAACUAAUAGUACUUACCUCACAAGGUUGCUGUGAAGAUUAAAUACAUAAAAAUUGCCUGGAACAUACUAAGCAUGAAUAAAAAUCAGUUGUUAUUGCCUUCAAUGCCUACCAUGGACCCUGGAACAUUGCAAGUGACUUGUAACUUUUGAAUGAAUGAAUGAAUGAAUGAUGAAUAAUGUGAGAGUUGUGUUUAAACUAUGUUUUGUUUUUUUUUGUAAUUGCAUUCUUUGAUCAUACAAAAGUUUUGAUUGUUCACUCCUUUUUAGAAAUUCCCUAAUAGAUCAAAAAGAGGCAGAAUAUGUUCUUUGAUAAAGGACAUACAAGUAAUAUUGGCACAUGAUUACCUGGAGUUGGUGUAUUAGUCUGUCCUCUCACUGCUAUAAAGAAAUACCAGAGACUGGGUAAUUUGGAAAGAAAAGAGGUUUAAUUGGCUCAUGGUUCUGCAUGCUAUACAGAAAGCAUGGCAGCAUGUGCGUCUGGGGAGGCCUCAGGGAGCUUUUACUCAUAGUGGAAGGCAAAGCGAGAGCAGGUGUCUUACAUGGCAGAGCAGGAGUGAGAGAGAGAGGGGAGGUGCCACACACUUUAAACAACCAGAUCUGGUAAGAACUCAUUCACUAUAAAGUAUCAGGCGGGAAUGGGGCUAAACCAUUCACGAGAACUCUACCUCCAUGAUCCAAUCACCUCCCACCAGGCCUCAUCUCCAACACUGGGGAUUACAAUUCCACUGGAAUUUGGUGAUGACACAGAUCCAAACCUUAUUAGUUGGGAAUUAAACAUACACACUUUGGGCUAAGGGGAAUUUUGAUUUUUCAUUUUAACCCCUUCAUAAACGUGGACAUGGCAGACAGGAGUCAAACACAGAAAGGAGCAUGGAGACUCAGACUUCCAGGUAUGCCUUACUGAACCUGUAGAAAGUACAUUCUAACUAGCAAGCAGGGCCAAGGCUCUCCCCCCUGACUGCGGGCAAUACCUGGGGAAAGGUGAGGGGUCUAAUUAAGCCUUUGCAUCCACCAAACUUGGCAAAGUGCCUGGCAGAGAGUAGGAAGAAAAAAAAUUGUUUUUAAGGAAUGAAGUAUUAGACGAUCAAGGCAACCAGGAAGGCUUUGGGUUGAAAUAUUCUACCUUUGGUCACAAACCUUCCAUCCGUAACUCAACUUCCACUUACGCAGGCUGACUGCUCAGUUCCCAAGCCUUCUCCUUAGAAAGACUUCCUUUCAAUGCAAGCAGCAGAAAAAAGCGACUCAGCUGUAACUUCUCCUGGAGUUAUGGGAACCGCCUCCUUCCUCUGUCGCUAAUGGAGGACUAAGAUGGGACUGGGAGCAAAGGAGCGGCUCUGAAUGGCGGGGCAGUUGCAGCGUCCCACUUGGCAAGGGUCCUUGAAUUACCUCCCCCCCCCCGCCCUGACCCCGCCCUAAACAUCAAACUUGGAAACUCAUUUUUCAGCAGCAGCGCUACAGCAGUGACCAGGCGUCUCCGCGAUGGGCCCCGGGAACUUCCGCCGCUGCAGAGAGAGAAUUCCCCAGGGGCUCCAAGGACUCCCAGGUGGAGCGGAGCUUUGGUUCCCACCUCGUCCCGCGUGCGGCUUCCCCGGGGACGGCAGGAGCACGGACGUCCAGGAGGAGGCCCUCGCCGCUAGCCCGCUGCUGGAGGACCUCAGACGACGGCUGACGCUCGCCUUCCAGUGGGCGGUGCAGCGCGCGACCUCGAGGCGCGCGCGGGAGGCGGCGGCGGCGGCGGCGGCGCGGGAGGAGCAGAGCUGCACGCGCGUCGAGGCCACCCUGGCCAGGCUGCGGGCGGAGCUGGUGAGAGAGCGGGCUGGGCGGACGGCUCCCAGGGCCCCUCUCCCGGGGCCUCUCCUCCGGCUCCAGAGCCGCUGGCCGCGUAGCCCACCUGAGGCCUUGAGGGGCCAGCUCAGGUGGAAAUGCAAUUCCAAAACCACCAGCUGGCUAGAACUUUACUGGACCUAAACAUGAAAGUGCAGCAAUUGAAAAAGGAGUAUGAACUGGAAAUUACAUCACACUCCCAAAGCCCAAAAGAUGAUGCUGCGAAUCCAGAAUAAAGAAAUGCACAUGCAAGGGCCGGGCGCGGUGGCUCACGCCUGUAAUCCCAGCACUUUGGGUGGCCGAGGUGGGCGGAUCAAGAGGUCAGGAGAUCGAGACCAUCCUGGCUAACACUGUGAAACCUCGCCUCUACUAAAAAUACAAAAAAAUCAGCCGGGCGUGAUGGCGGGCGCCUGUAGUCCCAGCUACUCGGGAGUCUGAGGCAGGAUAAUGGCAUGAACCCAGGAGACAGAACUUGCAGUGAGCCGAGAUCGUGCUGCUGCACUCCAGCCUGGGCAACAGAGCGAGACUCUAUCUCAAAAAAAAUAAAAAAAAAAAAUGCACACGCGAAGCUCUGGAUCCUAAAACUAACGCAUACAACCCUGAAACAAUUCUGAUGAACACAUUUUGCUUUGCAUAAGUUUUGAGGGGCAAUUUAUGGACCCAAAACUUAGAUGACAGGGGAAGGUGACAGAAAAACAUCUAAGAGAGGGGAGAGAAAAAUGAUGUAUUACCAAAUUUUAAAGUUAUUUAUUUGUUAUUUCGACUGGGACACAGAAGUAAAAUAUAACUAUAGGUAAAUAUCUCUCUCUCUCAAAGAAUGCUUUAAUGCCAACUUUCGGUAUUCCAACUUAUGUCACCUGACCUUUCUGUCAUUGCCUGAGCUUUCAGAGUUCAUGCUUGUUUUGUUUUACUUGAUUAUUCUCGGUUUGUCUGUCCAGCAGCCUGCCCCGCUUUUUGUGGAGAAUUAUUUCUACCUGGAUUCUAACCAUGCCCUUCAGGUGGUCUGUGACUAAGGGUACUCCACCUUCCUGGAUAUAGUCAUGCAGCUCAAGGCAGGCAGAUGGGUUUGUCCUUAGGAUUUUUUGAAUGGGCACUAAAAGAGUAGAUGAAUAUUUCUGCCAGUAGAAGCUGUGGAUCAGGGGCUUGGAAGCUGCUGGUUGUCACCAUGUGAGAAAACCCACACCCUAAUGGAGGUGAUUGAAACGGAACCACUAAAAGCACAAAAGGGGAGGGAGGGAGGGAGAGUGCUUCGCUUCCUUGUUCCUGGGGGUCAAGCUGUAAGACUCCAGGCCUUGCUCUUGUUUAUGUACAUGAAAUAUUCUGAUAUCCUUCUCAUAAAAUCUCUUUUUGCCUAAGCAAAUUCAAGCUGGAGUUUCAUGACUUGUAUUUAGUGUUCAUAACUAAUACAGUUGUUCAGUUUUAGGAGUUCAAAUGGUUCUUACUGUUUAAUUGGACUAUCUAACUGUACCCGAAAAGUGCUAUCUUUUUAAUGCAAACAGUAAAGUUAAUAAUAAAUAGUUGCAGAUCUAAGUGAUAUUUAUAAUGGUUAUUGUCUGCAAACUACAAAUUAAUUUAUAACAAGCUAUGUAAUUUUAAUAUUUAAUAAACUAUAAAAAUCAGUUCUUGAAGACAAACGAGAACAGAAGAGACACAGUCUUUCUCUUUUUAAAAUAAAUACAAGGGCCAGCAUGGUGGAUCACGCUUGUAAUUCCAGCACUUUGGGAGGCCGAGGUGGGCAGAUUGCUUGAGCUCAGGAGUUUGAGACCAGCCUGGCCAACGUGGCAAAACCCCAUCUCUACUAAAAAUACAAAAAUUAGCAGGGUGUGGUGGUGCUCGCCUAUAGUACCAGCUACUCAGGAGGCCGAGGCAUAAGAAUCACUUGAACCUGGGAGGUGGAGGUUGCAGUGAGCCGAGAUCAUGCCCCUGCACUCCAGCCUGGGUGACAGAGGGGGACUUGGCCUCGAAUAAAUAAAUAAAUAAUAAAAAUAAAAUAAAUGCAAGUUGUUUUAUGUGUGUGAGGAUCUGAGAAUUAUCUGGACUAAGUUUAGUUUGUCCUUAACUUUUUUUCCCACAAUAAGUAAAUUAUUCUAGCCCUUUGGUACUUAAUUUCCCUCUGCAUAAAUGAGGAAUUACCAAGUUCAGCAUUGGCAGAUGAGCAUUCGCCAGCAUCUCGAUAUCUGACCAUUGCGUUCCUUCACACAUUUCGCAUAUGAGCUCUUGGCCUAUAAAUUUAUGACUACUAUAUUAAAUUUCAUUUGUAAACUAGAUUUCCUGUUUAUUUCUUCCUUUGAAUUUUAUAGAAAUUUUUAGGAAAGGGUUGGCAUAGUUCCUUGUGAUCUGUUUUUUGAAAAAGUUUCUACUUAACCUUUGGGACAAUCAUUCUCCAGUGCGUUUUAAAGAUUAACAUUUAUAAAUUGUUGUGAUUUUGUGUUUAAAAAAAUACUCGAGGUGAUUCAUUGUAUGAGCUCAAUUCCUUACAGAAUAUAGAUUGCUGAUGUUGGUUAAUACUAAUGUCAUUUGAUUAUACUGAUAAUAUAUUGAGGAUCAAAAGAAAGAAAAUUUAAAAGAGAAAGUAUGAAAAUUGAUGCAUUGUUUUUCACACUUUUAGGUUAAAAAAGGUCCAUUAUUGUAUUGCAAAGUUUUGGUCACCACUUUUUCCCCACAUCUUUUAGUGAUGAACUUUGGAUCACUGUAUUUUCUAGAGGCGACAGAUACAGAAACAGAAUGAGAAACUCCUUUGUGUCCAAAGUGUCUUGUUUAUGGAAGUCUGAGUCAGUGGAGGUAGCCUCUGAUAUUAACUGUGCAAUGCGGAAAUACAAUGGGAGCUUGAUACAUGGGACACUAUCAUUAUUAAAAGUUUUUAUUUUGUUUCCUCUCCA